AUGGGCUGCCGGAGCGCUGGCGGCGGGCGCGGAGAGAUCUGGCCGCUCUUCUUCCCGCCCCGUCCCCUUGAGCCCGGGCGGCCACCGCUGGGUGCCCGCCCUGCGGACAGGGAGCCGAGUCGCUGCCUGGGGGUUCCCUCCUCUUCCGAGAGGCUGGAGAGGUGCUCCACAGCACCAGCAAGGAGCAACGCAGCAAAUACAUUUGAUUGCAGUAGAUUCUCUGGGAAGACAAAUACUAGCAGAUACUGCCUGAUACAGAAGGACUUCUAUCGCGCAAAGGUGGCUCCUGAUGAGAGCAGAGACAUCAUUGCUUCUGUUCAGUCCAUCUUAGACAGAGAAAAUUACUUUGUGAGAGAGGUGGACAGGUAUUUGAGGCACCAGGAUUUCUUAAAUCUGAGAAAGAAGGAGAUCCUAUACAAGAAAUGGCUUGAGGAUGUUUCAGAGCCGCUGCUGUGGAAAAUUGAGGACAAAAUGGAUAGCCAGUCGAGGGAAGAAAUACGGAAGAGGAGGGAAGAACAACUGUCUCUCUAUUUAAACUACUGUAAAAAGAAGGGCUAUGUGGCUUUGGAAGCUUAUGACCCAUCAGAGUAUGACCCACUGUUCCUGAAGACGUGCACAGACUGCUGGAAGGUUUCAAUACCAGCUUUACAGGAUCCUCUGUUAAAAGCUGUUCAGAAAAAGUUUAUUGAGACAGGCAUCGUCAAACGGUGUGAGACAGGAAGACCAUGCUCUAGCAGAGAGCUGCAGGAACUGCCCCUGCUUCCCCUGGGCCGGCAGCGCAUGGAUGCGAUCGAGUGGCUGAAGGUUCCACACGCCUACAUUGCUAGUGAGCUCCACAGAACAAGGAGGCUGAGAGUUGUAGACCACCACAAAGACAGUGAGAGCAGAUGAUGUCACCUCCAGCUCACUGCAGUGGCAAGCACAGCCAUCAGAAGGUACUGUCUGCAAAACAUGUUAGGUCUUCUGCUAAAGCAAGUGACAGUGGGCCAGGUCUUCUGGAAAACUGCAAUAAACUCGUUGUCUUAAAGUAGUGCUCCUGCAGUACUGUUACCCAGCAGUCAAAGAAAUGUUUGAAAUACUGCUGCUAUUACUUCCAGCAGUGGAUAGGGGAAUGACAAAGUUUGCAUUUAGCUUCAGGUGUUGCAAUACUGCAUGGAGCUGCUGGUGCCCUAGCGAUGCGCACACAGUUUUGCUGUUGUCCCCACCUCCCCACUGCUGUAACUGCACAGAAGCUCUGAUGUCGAAACCUGAGAACAGCAGCAGCUCUCUCGCUCUCUCACAGCACAAACGUGAUCUCUCAAGCGUUGCCAAGAUUUAGUUUUAUUUAGGAUUAGAAAUACUGAACCACAGAAAACUGUUAAAAGUAACAGAGGUUGACUCAGCUCUGUAACAGGAGGGUACACAGAUGGCAGUCAAGUGUGGAACUGUCAGACACCGGGAGGAAUUGCGGCACCCACAGAAAACAAGGGCACCUGCUGUUCCGAAUUGCAUGCUGUGCUUUUUCAACAAAGCAGCUGAAGGAGGCAGUACGAUGGUUACCAUGUAUCAAACCCUUUACAACAAUCUUCCUUAGAUCAGCCCUACUUUUGGUGCCCCGAAGAAGGGUUUUGCUUGCAGCCAGUCUCAUCUUGCAGAUGAAUGCUGUGCUAGCGCUUCCUCUCAGCAAACAUCUUAAACUUUUAACAAACUUCUUUUGAAUUUAAUUCCAUAAGUAAGUUUUUCUCAUUAAUUCACAUUCUCUUGUACAAUAAAAUAUACUUUUUAAAAGUCA